AUGACGGUGCCGCUAUUCAUGAAAACCAUUGUUCCUAUUGGUCUCCUGUAUAGCGGAAGCAUGAUAUUUAGUAAUUUGGUCUAUCUCCACUUAAGUGUAGCGUUCAUACAGAUGUUAAAGGCUACGGGACCGAUAGUUACUCUCAUAGUUGGCUAUGUAUGGGGCGUCGAACACCCAAGCUGGUCGAAACUCGGUUAUAUCACGCUCAUCGUCUUCGGUGUCGCUAUGGCCAGCGCCGGCGAGAUCCAGUUUUCUUGGCUCGGCUCCAUCUUCCAGAUUCUCGGUAUUCUAUUUGAAUCACUCCGCGUCAUCAUGAUACAGUUUCUCUUAUCAAGCAAGGGCCUAGACAUGCCUCCUCUUGUCCUCCUUUAUUACUAUGCUCCGGUUUGCGCUAUUGCAAACUUUCUCGUAUCUCUUACUUCCGAAUGGAGCACAUUUGCGUGGACGCACGUCGUUGAAGUUGGACCUUGGAUCUUGAUAUCAAAUGCGAUCUUGGCGCUCUUAUUGAAUAUCUUUAGCAUUCUCUUAAUUAGAUCGAUGUCCGCUCUGGUUUAUGUACUUUUGGGCGUUUUCAAGAACAUCCUUCUUGUAGUCAGCGCCGUGGAAAUCUGGAACACCCCCAUAACUCCUAUCCAAGUCGUCGGCUACAGUUUGGCUCUAUCUGGCUUGGGUCUCUAUCAAUCAAAUUGGGAACUAAAAUGGGAGGCGGCUGCGAUCAUAACUGCGCUGCUGGUUAUCGCAUUUGUGAAGAGAGGGCAAAGGAACUGGAAAGAUCCGUCGAUUGAUAAGACGAAAGAGGGAGCUGGCCAUAUAUCUAAUGACUGGCUCUCAUGGGUACACUUGAAAGACAAUAUAUGGAGGAUCGGUAACGAUUGA